AUUUAAAUCUCUCUUCUUUAAUGUGCGUUUCUUCUUCCCCUUUCGUCUGUACGCGCUUUCUUACUGGUUACCUGAAAAUCGCCGAUUCUGGAACCAGAAGCUUUAUUCUCCGAUCGAAGAAACCCUUCACAAAUUCACAAUGGCGGCGUAUAGAGCUGACGACGAUUACGAUUUCCUCUACAAGGUGGUUCUAAUUGGAGAUUCCGGCGUCGGUAAAUCAAACCUCCUUUCUCGAUUCACGCGUAACGAAUUCAGCCUCGAGUCUAAAUCCACGAUCGGUGUCGAAUUCGCCACCAGAAGCAUUCGCGUCGACGAAAAAAUCGUCAAGGCUCAGAUUUGGGAUACCGCCGGUCAGGAGAGAUACCGAGCAAUCACAAGCGCAUACUAUCGAGGAGCUGUGGGAGCUUUGCUCGUCUACGAUGCUACACGGCAUAUCACGUUUGAGAACGUUGAGAGAUGGCUAAAGGAGCUUAGAGACCACACAGACGCCAACAUUGUCGUCAUGCUUGUUGGGAACAAGGCUGAUCUGCGUCACCUAAGAGCUGUUUCAACGGAAGACGCCAAAGCCUUUGCAGAGAGAGAGAACACAUUCUUCAUGGAGACAUCUGCACUCGAAGCACUCAACGUUGAGAAUGCUUUCACUGAAGUGCUUUCUCAAAUAUACCGUGUGGCAAGCAAGAAAGCGCUGGAUAUUGGAGAUGAUCCGGCUACUCUCCCUAAAGGACAGAGUAUCAAUGUUGGGUCUAAAGACGAUGUUUCUGAGGUCAAGAAGGUCGGAUGCUGCUCAAGUUGAUCUACAUUUUUCCAGUAACAUUUCCUUCUUGGUUUCUUAGUGAAACUAUAUAGUUUGAUAUACAGAUUCUUCCUUGUGUUUUCCUUUUGCUGUUUCUCUUUUCUUCUUUGGAUGUAAGUUUCUCAGAUCCUUAUAAUGUUUUAAAUAUCUUCACACAAUGACAAUUAUGUUCGAGAAUC